AUGCUAGCCCAGGAUCGACUUUCUCUUGAGCUCUACUGGUCAGAUCGAUCUACUGCCCACAUUUGCGAGGCUUUCAUGAAGGUGCCUGCAGCACCCCGGUUUGAUGCGCCCAUCAUUGAGUUCAUGCAGACAGAGUGUAAUUUCUGCAUGGAGCAUGCCGACGGCAGCUUCAUGGAUCACCUCAGGUUCUGCUUCGAGUACAGCUUGUCACACUUCAAGGGGCAUUCGCCGCGAGUGAUGUUCCUGCACAGCAUACUAGGUGUGGGAACAAACUACUUUCCGAUGGAAAAGGAGAAGAUCCCCAAACUCAGGGAGCUUGUGAACGAAGUGGAGAUGAAACACAUUGAGGCCUUUCCAAGCAUUCUGCGUCUUCUUUAUCAUGGCCCCUUGAUGGAUGAGCUCUUGGCCGAUGCCGAAACCUUGCCCAAGACGCUGCAAUCAAUUUCUUUUCACCGAGUCAUCGACAACGAGCCUCUCACCCUGACAGCAGAAGAGUUCUGGGUAGCUCUAAACUACCAGCUCAUGCAUCAACUCGAUUUUCUGCCAGCGGCCAAUUGGGCUGAGGCAGUAGAUGAACCAUUCUUUGCCUUCUUCUUGGGCGUGUACGAGUUCCUCACUCGAGCAGGGAAGCUCGAGGCUGAGGUGGACUUCGAUGUUAAAAUGCCGACGCCACCCUCGGACUUGGCCAGACCAAGCAUGACCCUGGGCAGGUUUAUUGGCAAGAUGGUUCCCGGAACGGUCAAGAAGAACAUCGGCCGCCAGGACCCGGCGCUUCCAGAAGGUAUCGGCUUGGACGAGACUACAGGGGCAAUCGGUGGCGUGUUCAAUGCCCAGUGCAGCGAACAGACAUACAUCGUCACCGCUUCCGGGGAGGACGGGCACACAUCGGCGCAGCUGCAGUUCGCUGUGGUUCUUCCUGCUCCGAAGAACUUGAGUUACCCAAUGGCCAGUCCAUCGUAUGCGGUGGGUGAGUUUAUGUCGAUCGAGCCUGACCUUGAAGGGUCUGAAGGCUGCACGUUCACAGUGGAGCCGGCUUUGCCUCAGGGCCUGGCACUGGAUGCUUCCACGGGCGUGAUCAGCGGCCAGCCUGAGGCAGAGUCGUCCGAGACUACGUACACGUUGAGCGCUUCCAAUGCCUCUGGAAGUGCAACUGUGGAUCUCACCUUCCAGGUGCAAGAAGUUCAGACUGUCGAUGCAGCGGGCAUUGACCAGAAACUUGCCGCGAAGAUUGAGGCGAUUGAAGACAUCUCUGAGAUGGUCGAAGAGCCGGCCAAGGCCAAAUCCUUUGGCGACUGGAUGAUCUGGAUGGUGCACCGAGCGCACUUGGAUGAUCCCAGCCUCACAGACUUUGACUUCAGCAACCUCCACAUGCCGCGCGGGGACCUUGAGGAGCGAAUAGCUCCAAAGCUGGCGAAGGCGAUGGCACGGAACACGCACAUUCAGAAGUUGUCGCUGGUGAACUCGAACCUGCAAAAGGCUGAAGGGAUGGUGCUUGCAGAGUCUUUGAAGACGAAUAAGACCCUGCUGCACCUCAACCUCGAGAACAAUUGUUUGGAUUCCGCCGCGGUCAAAGAAUUGGCCACCAAUCUCUCGGAAAACCCAAGCAGUAAAAUCGAAACGUUGCGCGUCGCGCAGCAGAAGCAGGUUGGCAAUUCUUUCGGCAGGCCGGUGGAAGAAGCAUUUGGCCAUUUGCUGGAGAAGAACGAAGCCAUUCUCAGGCUGGGCUUCGUGUGCAGCGACGCGCACUGGCGCAACUUGAUAGACAGGGCUGUGCUGCGCAACAAUGAUUUUGCCAGGCGGCGGAGGAGGAGGAACAUGGGAGAGGAGGAGGAGGAGGAGUUGACCGCAGAGGAGAAGCCCCUCAGCAGACUUGAGCUGAAAACGCCGCCAUCAAAGCCAGCCUGCGAAGUGUUGCUGGAGGGUGAUCCAGCGCACACCGCCGUGCGGGGCUUUUUGAUUCAACAUCGCAAGUUUCCCACGUCGUCGCAGCUGCAGACCUACGCCAAGAACAACGGCACCUCGAUGAAGUUCUCCGAAGCCGCCCCUGCACUGAAGGGGUUCCGAGCUGCUGUGCUGGAGGCGGCCAGGGGCACCGAGGUCGUGGUUGCAGAUGCAUACGAGGUGGACAAUACUGGCAUCAUGAAGAAGUGGUCGAUCCAGAACGACAACUGGAACUUAGACAUCUGGACGCCCGACAAGAAGAGGUUCCAGUACACCUCGGCAGCUGGAAAAGAACCUGCUGUUUCUGUUUCAGCAGACUGGGCAGCCUGGCUGAGCACCAGCGCCCAAGGUGGUGGUUAUCCAGCUUAA